AUGCCUCGGUCAAAGACCAGCAAUUUCCCCAGGGGCAAGCCACGUGGUAUACGCCGAGAUCGGGACUGUCAGACCUGCAAAGCCCGGGGCGUCAAGUGCGAUCUCAACAGACCGCGCUGCCGGCCCUGCGUCGAAUCAGGCUACGCAUGCGGAGAUUAUCCACAGAGAGUCGUAUGGGCAGCGAAUCCGACGCCGAAGCCGAGCAGGGCUGAGAAUAGAAGUGCUGUGAUUGAAAAGUCGCUUGCGACGGACCAGCAUGAGGUUGUGGAGCAUUUGUUGGCGUUCGGGAGUAGUUUGAAGACUGCGAGGUUGGCGACGAAUGAUGAUGUUUGUGUGGAUCAGGGUCUGGGGCUUAUUGAUCAGGUUGAUUACUUUCUCAGGGCGAGGAUUAGUAAGAGGAGGGGAUCAACGACUGAUUCUGUCCUACCAACUUCACCGUCAUCAUUAUCAUCCGGAGAAGGGACGCAAGAUGAGGAUACGCUCAUGUGGCAUCGGCUCGCAGCUCUCAAGAGUCUAAGUGAGGCUUUGAACACUGCCGAUCCAGCUGCCUUUCUGGGUAUAGCCGUCUUUGCUUUCUUCGAGGUCGUGUCAGACGGUGUCUUUGGCGAAUGGGACUGUCAUCUACGUGGAGCCCGCUCGUUACUAGAUUGCCAUUGCAGCAACAGUGAAGAGUUCCAGCAAUUAUCAAGGCGCUUUACUGGUCUCGAAGAGAUUGUCGCCUACUUCGCCUGGUGGGAUACCAUUGGAGCCCUGGUCAGACAGUCCACCAGCAACACCAAGAGCGGCCUCAUCUUUGACGACUGGCAUCGAAGUUCGCUUGGCCAAGACUUCUUCGACAGAGUUGGAUGUCCAGCAGAGACAUUCUGGCUAUUCGUUUCUCUGGUUCAAAGCAAAGACUGCACCAAUUCAUCAGAGAGCCUCACUCGGGCAAUGGGUCAGCUUCUGAAGCUCGGAAUGGAUAAGACAGAGAAAGGGAAAUGCAGUGAUAUCUAUCGCUGCGCCGCUGUGAUAGCUGUCCUCACAACCCAAGACUCCAAUAAAGAGACGUCUUCUGAGGUAACGCUGGAGUUUGCCGUGGAUAGGAUCUGCCAUAUCAUUGAAUCAGCUUGCUCAAGAUCCCGAUACUAUCCACACAUGGCUACGCCUGCAUACCUCGCAGGAAUGAGAGCAACUACUUCUGCGCAAUGCAAGAUUUUGGGGACAUACUGGAGGAACUGUGAGAUGGGAGAUAUUCCACGAUACUCUGGGGCUCACAUGCAAUGUGAAGAGAGAUGGAGGGAAAAGGGCCUAAUUUAA